AAUUAUUUGUUAAUCACUUAUUAGAGUUAAUAGAGUCCUUCGUUUAUUGAAAGUACUGAAAGAAGUUAAUUGUUGUUCAUCAACUCCUCCCAAACGGUUUGGCUCUGCAACAUCAAAAAGAUAUUACUUUCUAGACAUUUUUCAGUGUUGGUGAAUACGGAUAUUCAAGAUGUCGUUGGAAGACUACGAAAGACACUAUGGCUCUUUGAACUCUGAUUUUGGGAGCGAAUCUGCGGACAGUGACAGGCGAGCAGCUUCGGGGGCUUUCAGCGGCGAGGAAGAGAAAUUACAUUACAUUCCUAUCCGAAUCUUGGGAAGGGGGGCUUUCGGCGAAGCUACCUUAUACAGAAGAACAGAGGACAAUUCUCUGGUAGUGUGGAAAGAGGUCGACCUGAACUGCCUCUCGGACAAAGAGCGCAGGGAUGUCAUGAACGAGAUUAGCAUCCUGUCCAUCCUGCAGCACAACAACAUCAUAGCCUACUUCAACCACUUCAUGGACAAGAACACCCUGCUGAUCGAGCUGGAAUACUGCAAUGGUGGAAAUCUUUAUGACAAAAUCAACCAGCAGAAAGGAAAGCUCUUUACAGAAGAGAUUGUUAUAUGGUAUCUAUAUCAGAUUGCAUCUGCAGUGGCCCAUAUUCACAAAGCUGGGAUCCUUCACAGGGAUAUCAAGACGCUGAAUAUCUUCCUUACCAAAACAAACCUGAUCAAGUUAGGCGAUUAUGGCCUGGCCAAGAAGCUGGAUUCUCAGUUUUCCAUGGCUGAAACAUGUGUUGGGACACCAUACUACAUGUCUCCAGAGCUGUGCCAGGGGGUGAAGUACAACUUCAAGUCUGACAUCUGGGCGAUGGGAUGUGUCCUUUUCGAGCUCCUUACCCUCACCAGGACGUUUGAUGCUACGAACCCCUUGAACUUGUGUGUGAAGAUUGUGCAGGGCAACUGGACCAUGGAGGUGAACUCGGACGUCUAUUCCUCUGAGCUAAUCAAGCUGGUCUACGAGUGUCUGGAUCAAGAUCCGGAAAAGAGGCCCACAGCAGAUCAGAUCCUGGACCAGCCUGUCAUCUCCUGUCGCAGGCAGGAGCUGGAGGAAAAGGUGGCACUCCUGAACUCAGCCAACAAAAAACCCAGGUUGAGCACUGUGACUGAGAGCCCUGUCGCCGUGGUAACCACACGCUCCAGGGAGGUGUAUUUCUGGGGCGGGGGGAAGUUCACACCCCAGAAGUUGGAUGCUUUCAAAGGGGGCAGCAGCGCCCAGCACGUUUGCGCUGGGGAGACGCACUUUGCCGUGGUUACCGUGGAGAAGGAGCUGUACACUUGGGCUAGCGUUCAGGGUGGGGCAAAAAUGGUGGGCCAGCUGGGUCACGGGGACCAGGCCUCGUACCGGCAGCCGCGGAAGGUGGAGAGGCUCCAGGGCAAGGCCAUCCGGCAGGUGGCGUGCGGGGCAGACUUUACAGCCUGCGUCACAGAUGAGGACCAGAUGUACAUGUUUGGGUCGGACUACUAUGGCUGCAUCGGGGUGGACAAUGAGCUGGGGAUGGAGGUCCUGGAGCCUGUGCUGCUGGACUUCUUCCAGGAGCGGCCGGUCAAGCAGGUGUGCUGCGGGGACAACCACGUGGUGGUGCUGACCCAGGACCGCUCCGUCUUCUCCUGGGGCUGCGGCGAGCAUGGCCGCCUUGGGCUAGAUUCGGAAGAUGACUUCGCCUUCCCAAUGCAGGUGGAUGUGCCCAAAGGCGCCAGCAUCACCUCUGUGCACUGCGGCUGUGACGGCACCUUCCUCCUGACCGAGUCUGGGAAAGUACUGGCCUGCGGGAACAACGAGUUCAACAAGCUGGGCCUGAACCAGGGCAUCUCUGGCAUCAUGAACCACUCCGGAGAGAUGGAUGGGAGUGCAGAGGUGUACCAGGGCGUCCCCUACACCACCUCUCUCACCCUGGUUAAGCUGCUGGCGCGCUACAAGAUCCGUGCCAUCGCCCCAGGAAAGACUCACACGACAGCCAUUGACGAGCGUGGGAGGCUUCUAACCUUUGGCUGCAAUAAGUACGGCCAGCUGGGUGUGAGGGACUUCAAGAAGCACACAGGGAUAAACCUGUUGGUGGGGCCCUUCGGCGGAAAGGUGGUCACCAAGGUGUCCUGUGGAGACGGCUUCACCAUCGCCGCCACUGAGGAUAACCAGAUCUUUGCUUGGGGAAAUGCUGGUAACGGGCGUUUAGGAAUGCCUGCAGACAAAGGCUUUGGGGCAGAGGUGUGCCCUGCCCUGCCCCGCCCCAUUUUCGGCUCCCUCCACCAUGUGCCGGACCUGUCCUGCCGGGGUUGGCACACCAUCCUCAUUGUGGAAAAGGUUCUAAACUCCAAAACCAUCCGCUCUAAUAGCAGUGGCCUGUCAAUCGGCAGUGGGCUGGGCCAAGGCUCCUCCUCCACAGUGGACCUGGACAUGGAGCAGGACUCGGAGAUCGGCCCGCGGGACGGGGGGUCGGGGGGCACGGUGGAGGCCGACACAGAGGAGCGCGGGCUAGAGACCCCCAUGAUGUCAGUGCAGAGCAACACCGAUGACAGCUCCUGCCCCUUCUGGCUGCGCAAGGAGCUGCAAGACGCAGAGUUCAUCCCAAUGCCAGAUAGCUCCCAGGACUCGAUGCCGGCCACGCUGCCUCCUUCCUACUCUGAAAGUGCCACCCUGCCCUACGAGGAGCUGCAGGAGCUGAAGGCCGCGGCAGCAGCUGCUGCAGAGAAGGGCCUCUCGACAGCUCGCGUGGGCUGUGAGAGGCUGAAUGGAGUGGAGGAGGCAGCACCCUGCAAGAAGGGAAGCGGGCAGCAGGGGGCGCUGCUGGACCAUACCUGCUGCACAGCAAGCAGUGAGCUGACGCAGCUGAGAGAGAUAGUCAGUCGUCAGGAAGAAAUGAUAAAGGCCUUACAGAAACAGUUCAGCGAUCAGCUGAAGGAAAACGAGAAACUCUGGAAGGCCAUCGAGAAUCUGACACUGAACGGAGCGGGAGCUGAAACCAACAACAACAUGCCUGGAGGGGGAGGGGCUGCUGACCAGGACGGGAACAGCGCAGCGGGGGCCAGUCAGUGAGACAGGAACCUGCCCCGACCUGCCUGGUGCACAAUGAUUGAUGCUUGUCCCAUCCAAUCAAAUCCGUUCAUACGCAAGGGCAGGCGUCCCAGCAUGGGACGCAGACAGAGCGGCUUGGACGUGAUUGGUGGAGGGCUGUCGACAGGCCUGUCAUGUGGGGCUUUUCAAUCUCACUGAUAUACCGGCCUAGUGCAUGCCAGGAAGUAGGAAGUGGAGAGAACUUCAGAGGUGUUUGGCUGGAAGAGCAUCGUCUUUAAGCUAGCUAAAGACAGUUAUAACACAGCUUGACAUUUCUACUCCGUCGUAACCACAGACAGACACAAAUCCAAAACAGUCAGACCAGCCACCUCAUCUAAACAGUCGGUUUCAUUCCUUGAGUGUCGUCAGUAGUAGAAGUAGUGUUAAAUGUACUGUAUGUGUUAUUUGCAUGAGUUUGAAAAAUGUCAUAUACAUGAAUAUAUAGGAUUUAGUAUGUUUUAUUUGCUGUCAGCAUUCAACAGUCCUUGACUGAAGUUGGAUAAAAGGAGCUCUGCUGACAGCGUCUGUCCGUGAGUGACUGAACAUUGUCUGUGGGUUGGUCACUCACUGUUGACAGAAAUGUUAGGUGGACUCAGCACUGAGCAUCUGCUCCCAGUGGGUGUUAAGGAAGGCUCAGGAAAGGUUUUGGUGGCGGCAGCAGGUUCUGUGUGACUCUUGUUGCCUGUGGGGCUCAUCCUUGGCUUUUUGUGUAGAGGACUUGUGGUUUGUCUACAUGCAGUAUUGAUCACAUGAUAUCCAAUACGUGUGACCUUGAGGGACUUUUGCAGUUUGCCGUUUGGUACUUUGCUCCCUUGACUAUGCAGUCUGUGUUUUUAAAAGCUUUGCCAGAAUCUCUCGGCAGCAAAUUUAAGGUGAGGUGCUGAGGUUAGCCCCUGCUAUUUGCAAUACAUUCAAACACACAUUUGUCACAGUUGUCUGUAUAGCUACUGCACAACUCUUGGAGAUGUCAAGAAAUGGAAUCGGGUCAUUGCUUUCGAUGCAGUUAUUUUUUUAAUGUGAACAUAAGGUGGAAUGAGACUGCUGGGUCUGGUAACAUACUCACUUUUUACCUUUAGCAAGUAGCAUUGCUAGCACAUAAUGCCAUGAUGUCAUGAAUGAGUCAAGCAGCUGAGAUGUUAGAUUAACACAUUAC